CCCAAGUUCACGAAGCGGGAGGCGCAAGCGAAGCGGCUACCUCUCGCCGGAGAUGCCGCUGGGGACCUCUCCAGUAGUGGCGGAGGCCGAGGCAUGGACGUGGGAGAACGCAGCGGCUGGAGCUGCCGCCGGGUUCGCCACGGUCGCGGCCCUCCACCCGCUCGACGUCGUCCGCACCCGCUUCCAAGUGAGCGGCGGAAGGGGGUGGUCUGAAGUGCCUCCGUACAGGAACACCGCGCAUGCUGUGUACACUAUCACACGAUCUGAGGGCCUGAGAGGACUUUAUGCAGGAUUUUAUCCCGCAGUUCUUGGAUCAACUGUUUCCUGGGGCCUAUAUUUCUUUUUCUAUAACAGAGCUAAACAAAGGUACUUACAGAGGAAGAAUGACCAGCUUCAUCCAGUCCAUCAUCUCAUCUCAGCUGCAGAAGCAGGUGCUUUGGUUUCCUUGUUUACAAAUCCCAUAUGGCUGGUGAAAACAAGACUGCAACUACAAACAGCUAAACACCAUACUUCUCAGUAUUCUGGUUUUUCUGAUGCUUUGAAAACUAUUCUAAGAGAGGAGGGAUUUCUUGCACUUUAUAGGGGAAUUGGACCUGGUCUUUUGCUGGUCACCCAUGGCGCAAUACAGUUCACGGCCUAUGAGGAACUUCGCAAAGCUAUGAUAUUCUUUAAAAGUGCACAAUCAAGGGCAGACGACGCAGGAGGCGGGGAGUCAUUGCUGAAUUCCAUCGAUUUUGCGGCACUUGGGGCUGGUUCAAAAGUAGCUGCUAUUCUACUUACUUAUCCUUACCAGGUCAUCAGAGCCCGCUUGCAGCAACGGCCUGGCACUGAUGGUACUCCAAAGUACUCAAAUAGCUGGCAUGUAGUGAAGGAAACUGCAAAGUAUGAAGGCGUCCGUGGAUUUUACAGGGGCAUCACGUCCAAUCUACUGAAAAACCUUCCAGCUGCGUCCCUCACGUUCGUGGUGUAUGAAAAUGUUAUCAAACUAUUCAAAGCAACCAAGGAGAAGACGUAGCUACUCAUUAAAUCCAGGAGUACUAUGCAUGGUCUGACAUUUCUGAGUUCAAACGAUGCCUAUAAUUUCCAUUCCACGUCAAGCCCAUAUUUUAUCCAUUUAACAUCGUAUAUGACAAAUAUGUAACAGUACAGGUUGUGACCAACCUGGGUCGUGGAAAUUUUUUGUACUUGCAUUUUGUAGAGAGAAAAUACACAUUUUGUUUCUUCCCAAAGAAAUAUGUCUUUGUU